AUGGAGUGCUUGUUCGCGCGUGGAGCUCCUGUCUUGGAGCCUCUGAACUUGCAUGGCAUCGCUGAAUUCAUCAAGUCUGGCCGGUGCAAGUCCAUCUUUCUGCUGACCGGCGCAGGUGUCUCGACCGGUGCCGGCAUCCCGGACUUCCGUUCGCCGGGCGGGAUGUACGACUCGCUCCGUCCCGAGCUGCUGACGGCCACGGAGAAGCAGCGCAAAUUGAUGAGAAGCGACCCAGUUCAUGUGGUGACCAAGGAGAGGGAGAUGUUCUAUCAAAACCAGUUCCCCUACAUGGAAGUCCGACGACCCUUCAUUCUUGGAACUCAGAGUCAACAGUGGAAGGCUACCAUUUCUCAUUGGUUCAUGAAAUUUCUGGACGAGGAACGCCUUCUCCAGCGAGUCUUUACGCAAAACAUUGAUGGCUUGGACUACCAAACAGGCAUCUCCCGCGAGCGAGUGACCAAUGUCCACGGGAGCAUUGCGAAUGUGACUUGUGAAGGUUGCAAGCGAGAGAUGUCCUUCGAUGCCUUCUGCGAUGAACUCCGCAAGAAUAUCAAAGACAUCUACGGUGUAGACCCCACGGCUCCUGAGACCUCCACGCACAUCCCAUGCCCUUCGUGCAAAAGGCCCUUGGUGAAGCCCAGUACGGUCCUUUUCGGGAGUAGUUUGCCCGAAGCCUUCUUUGACCAAUUGCCCAGCCUUUCGACGGCCGACUUAUUGAUCGUCGCGGGCACAUCGUUGGUGGUGUCUCCGGCCAAUUCAGUCGUGCAACAUGUUCCCCGUAACUGCCCCAGGCUCAUUGUCAACAAGGAGCGUGUAGGUGAGGACUUGGGUAUUGUAUAUGGCACUGCCGCGGAGCGAGACAUAUGGAGUGGUGACAUCUCCUGUGAUGAGGCAUUUUUGGAACUCAUAAAGCUUCUGGGGUGGCAGGAGAAGCUUUUGAAGAUCCAACAUUUGCUGCCAGAGGGCAACAAGGAACUCCUCAAGAAGUUGUGA